AUGGAUUCUUAAUAAAACGUAAAAGCUGAACUUCUCGAAUUAGGUUUCGAAGAAAAUUAUAUAAAUUAAGCUUUAUAAAUAACUUAAGAUAAGCAAAAAAUAAUCGAAUUAAUAAUGCAAUAUUAAACCGAAUGUUUAAAUCCUUAAUAUUUAUUAAAAAAUAAUUCCAGAGGAAGUUCUAAAAACAUUUAAAUAUGCGUUCAAAAUAUGAGUUAUCCAUUAGGUGAAGAUUGUCAUAAUUACGUUUAUAAAAUGGUAUUUUUAGUAAGAAUGGAUUUGAAAAUGGGCGUUGGAAAAAUUGCAGCUUAAACUGGACAUGCAGUAUUAGGUGCAUACUAAUAAUUAGAAUAAACAUAAGAAACAGAGAGUUUAUUAAGUGGUUGGGAAGAAAGUGGAUGUCCGAAAAUAGUUUAUAAAGUAAAUUCUAAAGAAUAAUUACUUGAAUUAGAAAAAAAAGCCACAUAAUAAGGACUAAAUUCUUAUGUAGUAUGUGAUGCAGGAAAAACAUAGGUUGAACCUGGAAGUAUUACUGUUUGUGCAAUUGGACCUGGAAAAUCAGAAUUAAUAGAUAAAAUAGUAGGGGGACUAUAAGAAUUAUGA